AUGUUUAACAAGCUCCCAACCAUCGCAGCCUUGCUGGCACUUGGCCUGAGCGCCCAGGCAAGCCUGAUCUUCAAAAACUCCGGCACAACCUCUGGCUGGGAUAAAACGAACCAAGAACACCGCGGCACCGUGAAGCAAGUGACAGAUGAGGCGUAUGAGGGCAAAACCGCCCUUAAAAUGACCCAAAUCUACGAUGAAGACUACUCCGGCCGGUACCACUCGGAAGUGGUGAAGAACGACGUGUAUAAGCGUGGCGACACGGGCGCAUACGGAUUCUCCUUCCGACUUCAAGACGACUGGCAAUUUUCUCCCGUACAAUCCUACGGCAUCGCACAAUUCAUCGCCGACUUCACAGACAGCGGCUGUGAGGACUGGAUGCCAACAACUAUGAUCGCGUUGAAGGGCAACAAACUCUACUCGCGUGUCAAAGAUGGCUCGGUCUGCAAGCAGGAGGUUCAUGGUUUCAACGACCUAGCCACUAUGACUGCUGGUGAAUGGCACCGAAUUGAGAUUGAGGCAAAGUGGGAGUCGGAUGGGACGGGGCAUUACGUGUUCUACUAUGAUGGGGAGAAAGUGUUGGAUAAGCAGAAUAUUAGCACUACCAUUGACGAUGAUCGUGCUUUCCAGUUCCGGGUUGGUCUUUAUGCAAAUGGCUGGCAUGAUGACAAGCAAAUGAAGGGCUCUCAGGGGACUAGGUCAAUUUGGUAUGAUGCGAUUGCUGCUGGCACUAAGCUUUCUGAUAUCUCGUCUGAGGCUGAGAUCGAUGCCGGUGAUUGUUGA